AUGUAUCCGACACUCAUCAGUAAUAUGAUCGCAAAAAGGAACGAUGAAGCAGUUAACGAAUUCGAAAGAUCUUUCAACUGUCGAGUACUGGAAAUAUUCGCGGAUAAUCGACGUUUGAAUGUGGAAGAGCUCAAACAUGAUUCGGAAGAGUUUGUAAAAUCACUCAAAACUGAAUUCAUUUGGGGAGAAACUGGAAAAACAAAAUAUGUUCCAAUAACAAGAUUAUUAAAACUGCUGAAAAAUUCUCCACAAUCGAUCCAAGAUCUUCUACCUCACAAAACGGUUACUACUUUAGUGAAAAUCACGAAUUUCAAUUUAGCAAUCGAUAUUACCCUCAUAGAGGAGCUUGUAAAGACGGUGAUCCAUGCCGAAGAGACUUAUGUCAAACUACUUCCCUAUGCGGAGAACGGAACCGAAAUUUCAAGCUAUGGUCUACAAGACUUUGUCUCGGCGCAUUAUGUUCCUCAAAUGAUAGAAGAGCCAGAACGCGCGGAUUACUACUCCGCCUACGCUGUUGGAAUCAUUUUCUUCCUUCUGGAUUCACGACGCCGUGAAAAUGUUUAUCUGAAGGAUCUACUAUCAUCGACACUUCUUAUGCACCUCGAAUUGUGUAUUCAUGCCGAAAACAACUGUUUAGAAACACCCGAUAUUGAUGUGUACGUUCACUGUGGCGCAAUUCAGAAACACUCUCUACGAGUUUCGAUGCCUUGA